AUGUCCAACACACUGCGACCAUACCUGUCGUGUGUGCGCUCGACGCUAACAGCGGCGCUGACGCUGUGCAACUUUGCAUCGCAACGCGUUGAACGUCACAACCUGCCGGAAAUCGAAGCGUCGUCGUCUCUCGAGGUGUUGCUGACACCGCUCACGAUCUCGCGCAACGAAAACGAAAAGGUGCUCAUCGAGGCGUCGGUCAACAGCAUGCGCGUCAGCAUCAAGAUCAAGCAGGCCGACGAGAUCGAGCGCAUCCUCGCACACAAAUUCACGCGCUUCCUGAUGCAACGAGCCGAAUCGUUUGUGAUCCUCCGCCGAAAACCCGUCAAGGGCUACGACAUCAGCUUCCUCGUCACCAACGCCAACACCGAGUCGUUGCUAAAACACAAACUCGUCGAUUUCAUCAUCGAGUUCAUGGAGGAGGUCGACAAGGAAAUCUCCGAGAUGAAACUCAGCAUCAACGCAAGAGCCAGAAUCGUCGCCGAAAGCUAUUUAACCAGUUUCGCGUAA